CAUGAUUAAAUCAGAAUCAUGCUUCGUUAUCAAUAUUCUUCUAUUGAUCACGAUAAUGUUUUUAUUGGACGGCGUGAAUUGUAGAAGUUUCUUGACUCUAAGGCCACCGAUCGAGGAUGAUGUAACUCCAAAAAUCGUCACAAGAAAAAUGAUUACAGUUGAUGUUAAGGGAUCUGAAAAAUUUACGUCUAUACAAGAUGCUAUUGAUUCUGUUCCUGACGGGAAUCAAGAUUGGGUGCUCAUUCAUGUCAAGAAAGGAACUUACAGGGAAAAAGUGAGGAUUCCAAGAGAAAAAGGUCACAUAUUCUUAAGGGGAAGUGGGAGGACUAAAACAGUGAUUGUUUGGUCACAAAGUUGUGAAAACAACUAUGAAUCUUCCACUUUCAAAGUUGAUGCUGAUGAUUUUAUUGCCUUUGGUAUAAGCUUUAAGAAUGACGCACCUACAGGGAUUGCUAACACCUCACAUAACCAAUCAGUAGCAGCCUAUGUUGGUGGUGACAAAGCUGCAUUUUAUAGUUGUGGAUUCUAUAGCUCUCAUAACACCCUUCUUGACAAUGAAGGUAGACAUUACUAUGAUCGAUGUUACAUUCAAGGUGCCAUCGAUAUCAUAUUUGGUCAGGCGCGAUCUGUCUUUCAUGAAUGCGAGAUUUUUGUGAUAGCAGAUCAACGAAUAGAGAUUCAAGGGUCGGUGACGGCUCAUACCCGAACAAGUGCAAAUGAAAACACGGGAUUUGUAUUCCUUAAGGGUCGAAUAUACGGCAUUGGACAUGCUUUCUUAGGUCGGCCGAAAGGUGACCAUUCUCGAGUAGUUUUUGCAAAGACUUAUUUAUCCAAGUCCAUAAUACCCCAAGGUUGGAGCGACUGGAACCAUCAUGGCAGUCUAGAACAUGUAUACCAUGCGGAAUACAACUGCCAUGGGCCGGGGUCUAGUACUGCGGGGCGGGCUCCAUGGCUGAAGAAACUUAGUGGCCAAGAAGCUGCACCCUUCCUGUCUACAGAUUUCAUUGAUGGAAAACAGUGGUUGCUAGCAUAGCAUGAAGAACCUGUCUGAUUGGAUGGAUAAUAUAUACAGUGGAUUGGAUUUCCCUUCAGUUCAUUUCUUGCUUCUAACGAAUAAUAAGACAAGUUUAUUUUUAUGUUUUGUAAAGGAUGGAUGGAUGGUUUAUCAUGCACACUCAUUAACCAAUACUCACGUUCAUGAUUAAACCAUUCCAUCGAGUCUAGAAUUAGAACCAUACAGUGUAAUAUAAUAG